AUGAAGACCUUUGCGACUCUUUUGGCUUCCAUCGGCCUGGUGGCCGCUCACGGCUUUGUUGAUAACGCCACUAUUGGUGGUCAGUUUUAUCAACCGUACCAGGACCCCUACAUGGGCAGCCCCCCCGAUCGAAUCUCUCGUAAGAUUCCCGGCAACGGCCCCGUCGAAGACGUCACUUCCCUCGCCAUUCAGUGCAACGCCGACUCAGCCCCGGCCAAGCUUCAUGCGUCCGCCGCCGCCGGAUCGACUGUCACUUUGCGCUGGACCAUUUGGCCCGACUCGCACGUGGGACCCGUCAUCACCUACAUGGCCCGCUGUCCCGACACGGGGUGCCAGGACUGGACCCCUAGCGCCAGUGAUAAGGUGUGGUUCAAGAUUAAGGAAGGUGGGAGGGAGGGAACGAGUAAUGUUUGGGCUGCUACCCCCCUCAUGACCGCCCCGGCCAACUACGAGUACGCCAUCCCGUCCUGCCUCAAGCCCGGUUACUAUCUGGUUAGGCACGAGAUCAUUGCGCUGCACAGCGCCUACUCUUAUCCUGGUGCUCAGUUCUACCCGGGAUGCCAUCAGUUGCAGGUGACAGGUUCGGGAACCAAGACGCCCAGCUCGGGACUGGUCAGUUUCCCGGGCGCGUACAAGAGUACUGAUCCGGGGGUUACUUAUGAUGCUUACCAGGCUGCCACUUAUACCAUCCCCGGUCCUGCUGUGUUUACUUGCUAA